UCGCAAACUGAACAGGAAUACCUCCCGUGUCAAACCAGCAUCCCGCUUGCCAAAUCUAUAAGCGUUCCACCUUCAACCCCAGACCCCAGUGCUCUCUCAACUACUCUGUUUACUGUUUAGUGGUAACCCACUUCCCCACUCUGCUGAUCUAUGAUUCCAAUUCCCGUUCGCCGUUCAAACCCCCGUCUAAAGUGUUGAUCUUUGCCUCUUUGGGUUGGUAUCUCUCACUCCUUGCAGUUUCGUGUUGACUGUCAGUUGGGGUUUCCCGUGAUUGCACCUUUUCAAGUUAUUAUGAACUCAAGAUGGCUCAAGAAUGGAGAAGAGGGUUAAGUUUGCUGAUCUGAGAUGGCUCACAGUUUGAGCCCCAGUUCUUCAUCUGACCAAGUGCUUGCCUUGUGCAAAAGGGGUUUCUUUUGGUGGAAGGGCAUUGUGAAGACCCAUCUUGGGUUGAAAACGUUUCAGUCCUUCAAUGGAGUUUUAGCAGUUGGCUCGUCCUUGUCUUUCCUUUUAGUCCUUGCUUGCGCCUACUCGCUUCUCUCUCCUAGGGUUCCGCAGCAGGCUGAUGUAGCUACUAGCUACGGGCUUCCCAUAUCCAAUUCCUCAUCAGUUACUGACUGCAAUCUGUUUGAAGGAAGCUGGAUCCAGGAUCAGGGUUAUUACCCUUUGUAUAAUUCCUCCAUCUGCCCUUUUGCCGAGCGAGGGUUUGAUUGCUUGGCUAAUGGGAGGAGAGAUCAGGGUUAUUUGAAAUGGAGGUGGAAGCCCAAGGAUUGUACCAUCCCGAUCUUCAAUGCUCGCCAAGUGCUCGAGAAAAUGCGUGGCAAGCGAAUUGUUUUUGUGGGCGAUUCCCUAAGUAGAACACAGUGGGAGUCUUUGGUCUGUAUGCUCAUGACUGGUGUGGAUGAUAAGAGGAAUGUUUAUGAAGUCAAUGGGAACACGAUUACUAAGAGGAUUAGGUUUCUGGGCAUAAGGUUCAGCUCAUACAAUCUAAGAGUUGAUUUCUAUCGGUCGGUUUUCUUGGUCCAGACUGGUUCCAUGCCCAAAAGGGCACCAAAGAGGGUUAAGUCGACUCUGAAGCUUGACAAGAUGGAUGAUAUCAGCAAUGAGUGGAUUGAUUCAGAUGUUCUGAUCUUUAACUCAGGCCACUGGUGGACUCCUAGUAAGCUUUUCGAAAUGGGUUGUUAUUUUCAAAUAGGUGGAUCUCUGAAGCUUGGGAUGCCUAUAAAUACAGGAUUCAAAAUGGCAUUGGAGACUUGGGCAUCCUGGGCUGCAAGUAAUCUCAACACCAAAAGAACAACUGUAUUCUUCCGGACUUUCGAAUCUUCACAUUGGAGUGGCAAGAACUUUGCUUACUGCAAGGUAACUCAGAACCCUUUGAUUACAACAAGAGGGAAGGAGAGGAAUGCAUUGUCUGACAUCAUAUUGAAGGCCGUGAAGAAAGUGGCACCGGUUCCUGUAACCGUACUGCACGUGACGCCAAUGUGUGCAUCUCGUAGCGAUGCUCAUGUGGGUACUUGGAGCGAUAACCCUUCUGUACCCGAUUGCAGCCACUGGUGCCUGCCUGGAGUGCCUGAUACCUGGAAUGAGAUUCUCUUGUCCUACAUUUUGAACAAUGACCACUGAUGGUAUCUUCUUGAUUAACAGGAACAAUGAGUUCCUUAAACCCUAAAUCUGAUGUUGGAAUCAACUUGAUACCUAUUCACUUUUGUUCGUAUAGCUCCCUUGUUUGUACCAUGAAACCGCUUCUGAUGUAAAGUAAUAUGCCCCAUCAAGAUUUGGCAUGUGGAGGAAUUUUUUUUUUUUUUUGGUUGUAUCCUUUUGUCUUCUCUUAGGUUUGGUUGAUGAAGACCAAUUUUAAAUGUGGGGUGGAUUUGAAUUCAAGGUUACUACUUCUAGUUAUUUAUUUAUUUAUUUAUUUAUUUAUUUAUUUAUGUCUAUAUUUGCUUGAAGUACAUGAAGGCUGAUGCUGUGUGACAGUGAACAGGGUAUUGUUUGUUAUGGUUGAAACUAAACCAAUGACUAUCUUUCAGUGAUCGAAUUGACAUUGGCAACAUUAACUCUCUGCUGAUUAGGGGUGGGUAAAACCGAAUCUAAUCGAACCGAACCGAAUUCAAACCGAACCGAAACCGAAUAACAUUACUUCGGUUCGGAAUUCGGAAGAGAAAAGGGUAUAUUCGGAAACCAAGGUCCUUUCGACCGAAUCGAAUUUCCGAAUCCCGAAUUGAUUUUCCGAAUUACUAUAAUUGCAAGUUCCUAAUGGUGAAUUUUUAUGUUUGUACUUAUUAUGAGACUUAAAUAUUUGAAUUAUGUUAAUGUUUUAUGAGUUAUGUGUUGAAAUGUUUGAUUUUAUCAUUGAUGAUGCAUUUAAUUGUAUAUUUAUUGUUUACAUUAGGGUGAAAAAUAAUUUGAAAGAGAAAAAUACAAGCUAACCUCACAAUUUUUGAUUUUACCCUUUUCCUUUUGGAAACGUGAAUGAACCUGCAAACAAUUGUGAAAUGGUAUUCUGCUGAGAUUUAGUACGCAUUCAGAGAUCUCAUACCUGGUUCUGCAGAAUGAAAAACAAAAAACAAAAUAGGAGUGAUUAACGACGAAUCCAUUAUGCAUCAACGCGUUCGAAUCAUUCCAUAGAAUCAAAAACAAAAUAUGAUGGGAUAAGAGAACAACAACGAAUCCACUUGAUGAUGAACUUGGAGCCUUAAUCAUCGACUUGGGUUAGCAUUAGCACUGAUGAUUCUAUUUUUCAAUUUCAGUGGAAUUAAUUUAAGAAGAGGUUGCUUCGUUAAGGUCUCGUCUUCAAAUGAUUUGGGAGGGCGGUGCACAAUCACUCCAAUGAACUCGUGAAGAUUAU